UUUGGACAGCGAGAUCGUAGCAUCUGACGUUCAAUCGACGAAAUUUCUCAAGAAUGCCACCGAAAGCGAGCGGUAAAGCCGUGAAAAAAGCCGGCAAGGCCCAAAAGAACAUCAGCAAGACCGAUAAGAAGAAGAAGAGGAAGAGGAAGGAGAGUUAUGCCAUUUACAUCUACAAAGUACUGAAGCAAGUGCACCCGGACACUGGUAUCUCCAGUAAAGCUAUGAGCAUCAUGAACAGCUUCGUCAACGACGUGUUCGAGAGGAUCGCCGCGGAAGCGUCGCGAUUGGCGCAUUACAACAAGCGCUCGACCAUCACCUCCCGGGAGAUACAAACUGCUGUGAGGCUGCUCUUGCCGGGUGAAUUGGCCAAGCACGCAGUCAGUGAAGGCACGAAAGCAGUCACCAAGUACACCAGCUCCAAGUAAAUCGGAGGAUUCGCUUGGGAUUUUACGAACGGCCCUUUUCAGGGCCAACAAAUACCUCUAAC